AUGGGAGGGUGUAUGAGUACUAGACGUGAACACGUUUAUGAAACGCCAGGGACAAGUACAGCUCGUCGAACACUCCCUACACAUCCGACUCCAAAACCAGUUUCUUCUAAUCCUCCUACAGCUAUCAAUGGCCCUCCAAUGGUUAGCCAAGCUACCGAUGCAUCAGUUUCUUCGACAUCAUACACAAUUGGCCAAACUAUUAUCUGUAUUCAAUUCCCCAUCAACCCUUGGAAAAUUCUUGGUUUAAACUCAGCAUCGUCUUCGCGCGAAGAUGCUAAAUUAGCCUUCAAAAAAAUGAUCGCAGUCGCAUCACUUCAAAAUCAAGCAUUAGUUUCCCUUGCCAAUCACAUUUUAACCUCGACAGCGCCAAGAUACCAGCGACAGCAAGGCACUGACCUGUAUACCAUCAGAAAUCUUGACCAUUUCACUGUGGCAGCGUAUGGUGACACAGAAGAGCUCCGCAACAUGAUCAAAAGAAACGCAUCCUUGGUCGAAUCCGCAGACGAACACGGUCGCACAUUGUUAUAUCUAGCUUGUAAAUCAGGCUUUGAAGAUAUUGUGGAAAUGCUGUUAGAAAAUGACGCAGAUAAGAAUAAGAUCCAAAGAGAUGGUAGCACACCCCUUCACGCUGCAGCAUACUUUGGUCACCCUCUAGUUGUCGAGUUCUUGAUUCGAUAUGGCGCGCGAACUGACAUAAAAAACUCAUGGGGUAAAACUGCUUUGGAAGAAAGUGCGACAACAGAAAUAAGGAACAUGAUUGAAAAUCCACCCCCGGACCUUAUCAACAGCCUGGCAGGUAUAAUGAAGGAAAGAAAACUUGUCUCUGAAUUUAAAGGAUACAGAACCAAACCAAGCGAGCAAAUGUACGCGAUAGAGUUCAUCCGACAUCCAAAUGUUUACGACGCAGAAACACGCGAAAAAUUACCAGAAUUUAUGCAAUCUUGGAAGCUGACCUGGCACGGCACUCGGUAUAAAAAUGUGGAAUCAAUAAUGGAACACGGUCUUCUUCCAGCUGGAAAGAAAGGUAUCAAACCACCGUCUGGUCAUUUCGGUUUAGGUAAAGAGUAUCAGGGAAUUCCGAAUUGGGCUGCGGCAAUAUUUGUCUCCCCCAGUAUCUGGUACGCUGCCGACGGUGCUUAUGCAGAGAAAGUGAAAUCACAAGGUGACGAAUGGUGUGUCUUGAUUAAAGCUUUUUGCAAACCUGACAGUUACGGGCGGUACGAUGCGACCGUUUUCAGGUAUUUUAAAUUUUGAAUUAUAUGAAUUAAUAUUAUUCAGCUAUUCAUUCGGUAUAAGACCAGAUGAGGGUCGAGGGUCAUGUAGAUGAUCGCCAUUUUGUUGAAUGCAGGUUUUCUAUAUAUUACAUCUAACGAAACGCACAAACGUUAUCAUCUUCUGCCACCAAAGAAUGUCCCCUGCUACUACUUAAGGCGACAACGACUUUUUAGCCCUCCAAUUUGUCGAACAAAUCGGUAUAAGCCUAGUUUCCAUAAGGUCAUUAGCUGUCGUUACCUGUCUUUCGGCUUCUUUGGAGUAAUCUUGAAAGACCGAUAACGACUGAGAGAAACAGAAAACGACCGAGUGUCGCUGGGAUAGAACAAAUCCUAUCUCAACGACAUAAAACGACAGGAAACGACACGAUUCUUACCAUAAUGCUGCUUGUUCCCAAUUCAAAAUGGCGGAUACAGAUGGGGUUAUUGACUAUUCUGACGAAACGUACGAUAAAAGAUAAAAGUACGAACCUGAAGAAGUAUUCUCUGUCCUGCAGACGAAGUUCUAGGACUAGUCUAUGACUAUGGUACGCACCAAGCUCUUCUCGCUUCUGAAAAAUUUCUUUGACCCAGAAGCGAUGUUUUUUCCUUUUUCUUUGUUGUCGCCUUAUCGCAAGGAGUAUAAACAAAUUUAAUUGAAGAAGAAACUCCCUGUUAAGCGCCGCCAUUUUGUUUUUCGCGCCGUUAAGAAGAUUGCCAAAAGACUGCCAGCGACACUGUCGUUUUCUGUUUCAACCAGUCGUUAUCGGUCUUUCAAGAUUACUCCAAGGACCCCGAAAGACAGGUAACGACAGCUAAUAACCUUAUGGAAACUAGGCUUAAAGAACACUUUUAUUCCAUCAAUGUCUAAUUUUACAGACUAUAAAAUAUUGAAUCAGAUGUAAUUAAUGAAUUUAUUAUUAGGUAAAAUUUUAGGACCAAUUGUAAAUUAACAUAGGUAUUUUAAAUGUAUCAGUUAACUAUUGAUAGUUUUAACUUUUAACUUUGUAACACGACGCAAUUCAGCUAUUGCGGGCUGCAAUGUUUGUGAUUAUUAAACCAACUAUCUAUCUAUCUAUCCGGCUAUCUACUGUAUAUCUAACCAUAAUACUUUGUUUACCUUUUUUUAUUUACGAUUAGGUGUUUUCAAGAUCAGGGUUUGUAUAAAAAUAGCAAAGGACCCAAAAUAGAUCCUUGUGGAACUCCACAUGUUAUCUUUUCAGACUGACAAUAUCUAUUGCAGUGUUGGGCGUUGGCCCUAGCUCAAUUAUUCAGAUAUAUUUUAGCGGUUUAUGCAGUAGAAAGCAGUGAAAAAUGACAUUGUACCGGUCCAAAACCACAGAUCUUUUGGCUGAUGUUAUUACUGGGUAUAUGAUAAACUCUCACUUGUUAAAUUUUAAUUUUUAAGUUACGCGAAGAUGGAAAACGAACCAGAAUACUCUGAAUACCGAGUGCCAAAUGUUGGCGACAAGAAAGACGAUGAAACAGUGAUUUUACGUGUAGAAUCUGAACGUAAUGUUGUCGUCCGCUCAGUGCUGUUUAUUCACACGAGAAAGUUGCAGGAUUCAAGUAUAAGUUUCGAUGAAAUGACGAACUUAUUUAAAGAGUGAAUAUCAUGCCAGUUAAACUUUGGGCGCUUGGCGUCCUAGAAAAUGGCCGACUCUUGAGAUAUUUAUAAGAAAUCUAUACAAAAUUUAAUUUGUAUUGGCCCAUAUUUUCGCGAAGAACCAUCGUGAAAAACAACUCUAUUUCUUCUGUUAAACGAAGUAAGUCAUUAUAUCUUGUGAAAUGUUGCGAUUUUUUAUGCAAAAUGUUCGUAAUGAAGGUAUAUUCAUCAGAUACAGCCGAAUAUAGACACAAGCGUGCUAAGAAUCACUGGCAUUAUAAUGUACUCACUUUUUACAGCGCCUAUAACACUUGCUUUUACUUGCGGGAUCUUUACCAACCUCGUACCCAGGGCUUCUUUGGACGUCUGCCAAUCUCGUUCCCCGAGCCUGCGAUCCUCGGGAAGGAACGCGAGGCUCUGGGAUAAUCCGUUGCCGGGAGCCAGGAAUCCUGACUAAGAUUGAACUACGCAUUCCAUUUCAACGGCCAAUCAGAUUCCUCCCUCGAACGGAUUAUCCCAGAGCCUCACGUUCCUUCCCUAGGAUCGCAGGUUCGGGGAACGAGAUUGGGCUUCUGCGCUUAUUGCUCUCAACGCAGAAGCCCUGGGUACGAGGUUGGAUCUUUACGCAUUUGAGCAAAAAAUGUUAAUGAGGAAUCGACUGGGAAAUUAUAUUAUAUUUUGCGAAUAUUUCGAUGAAAAUCUGUGACACUGGUAUAAAACAUAAAUUGUUAUUUUUCGUUCUAAAUACAAUACAUAACAUAUGCACAUAUUGAUAAUUGUAAUUAAGAUUAAUUAACAAACUGACAAAGACAUGCAUGGAAUAAAAAUAUACGUUCGAAUGAGUCAUUGGUCAAUGCCAAAUAUAUAUAUGCAGUGGCAGACCAAACUUAGAUGUUAGUGCUAUAUAUAUUUACAAUUGAUUUCUCAUUAAAUUUAGCGAUAUAGUAGCAAUUAGUAAUGUUUACAACAUGAGCGGCCGUGUUGUAUCAGCAAACAACUUAAAAAACGACUCAUCUUAUGAGUUCAUUGGCGAAGUAAUUUUAAAAAUAAACCUUGUCUAAGCCGAGAAAAUCAAAGUUAAAGUUUAUGUAAAUCAACAUGAAUCUGUAUCACAUAUACAGAUACGACACGCUUAUGAUUUUUCUUUGUGUUUUCUUCAUGAAUUAUUAAUGAGUUUUUUAAUAGUGUAUAUUAAUUCGCGUGUCUAUGCAUAUAUAUUUCCAGUUUCAGUGCGUGCCUCCAAAGAAAUCGCGUCUCAGUACAGGCGUGAAUUCAUAAUCGCUCAAAUUUCCCAAUUGGUGAGUUUCAGUAAGCGUUGCACAACAGCUGAUGGUGAUCAACAGUUGAACUGAAGGGCGGCCAAAAACAUAAAUGAGCAUGCACUCAUUUAUCCACUGCAAGAAUGAAGAGACUUGGCCUUUCUCACGCCACCAUUUUUGGGGUACUGGCUUUUCCAAAUCUGAGAUUGUACGCAGUGAAUAAGGGGCUUGCAUAACUAUAAUUGUGAGUAUAAUCAUUGUAAGUUAAUUUACAGUUAAAUAUUUGAAAAAAUGUUUUCACAUCGCUUACUAGAUUUUUCACGUCGUUUUCAAAAAAGUACCCCAAGAAUGGUCAAGAAUGGCGAAUUUGGCCUUCGUGAGAGAGGCUAAUGAACAUAAUUUUCUCAUUCUGGUAACUGUUAGUUGACCACCAUCUGCUGCACGAUAGUGCUUCGUGAAACACAUCUAUAUCAAAGCACAGAGACGGCUUUUAAACAAUGAAAAUGGUUUUAGUAUUCGUAUAUUUUAACAAAUAUUGCUUAAAGUAACUUGGCCAAUAAUACUAUUGUUAUUUACAUUAAUCUUUUUUGUUGAAGUUAAAAUUGUCUUUAUAAAAACAGUUUUAUAGUUGAUAUGAAGAGUUUUGAAUGUGACACUUGUUAAAGGAUUAGUUAAGUUAAAAAUUGAUAAUUAUUCAAUUUUAGACCGAAAGUGUUGAAAAAUAUACAAACAAUAAAAAAUACAAACAAAAAACUAUAUUAAUUGUUAAAAUCUAUACUUGUUCAGCUAUUUGUUUUAAAAUUGUUCAGAGCACAUUUCUAACCAGUACUCAGUAGGCUUUUCUAAUCCUUCUGAUGUGCAAACAUAGUGAAGGUCAGUGAAGAUACUCUUUGAUAUCCUGAUUAACCGGAUCAGCCACAUGCUGUCUCACAAAAGUUAAAGAAAUCCACGAGAGCUUCUCCACAGUGAAUACACUGACUAGUGAAAUGUAUCUCAUCGUAAUAUUAAAUCCUAAGAAAACUAAAGCCUCUGCGGAGGAGAGAGACACUGGCCGUUGUCGAUCAGCCAUGUUUACGCUUAUUUCAUACUGCCAUGCGGGUGCGGGAAAAGGCGGGAAAUAAUGAAUUUAAUCGGUAUUGAGACCGUGAUCGGUCAGCGGUUUCUUUGUGGCGUGAUUCGUGAAAUUGUGGCGUGAAUCGUGGAAUUGUGGCGUGAAUCGCCCAUUUGUUGGCGUGUUUCAUGAUAUUGUGGGGUGAUUUCACUUUUUGUGCGUGAAUGACCCUGAUCGGCCACCGUAGUAGUCACAUAUAGUAUAUAAAGGAACGACACUCACCCUCCAGCUAUUCAAAAACAGCACUGACACUCAAGGGGGCUCAGAUUAAACCUCCACUCUUUGAGUGUGAGUGAGCUUUUAGAAUACAGACGUAAGUUUUUGCCAAAAUGAUUGGUAGAUAAACAAGGUGGCGACUUUUUGACAUAAAUCAUGACGUAAUUAGACACUUUCUGUUUCACUCUCUGGCAAGAUAUAUUUCCAUUUCUUAGAAGGAGAAUACGAAAGCAAAAUCUAAGAUAAGCAGAUUGCUACUGCUUCAGUUCGUUCAUGUCAUUGGUCGGCUCAAGUGACACUAAACAGGUACGUUUGUUUAACUGUUAACUCAAUGGUCGAUACGCCUAAACAGUAAAUAAGAUAAUCGUAUGGUAGUGGUGGUAACAUAACCGUAUGUACGCAAAAAGUAACAUUUUUAGCUUUGCCAAAGGAUACGACAUUUUAAGCUUAAAAGCUUUAAUACACAAAGCCAAUUAUGACGAAACUGUACGAAUAAGUAAAUUGUCUUUGCCAGUGUAGGUAGUCAGCCAAUCAAAUAAACAAGCUCUCGUUGGUAGGGAUGCAUCCGUACCUGAAAAAUAUAAGGAGAAUUUCAAAUUGUGAGGUCUUAGUUGUGAAGACCCUUCACAACUCAGACCUAGGCCUAGGGACGAACGAAAGUUUGUUAAUGUCGUUAAUGUACGAGUAAGUCAAUGUCGUAUUUCUGAACAAUUAACAGCAGUCAAUAUCUAUACCCUAACAUUGUAUUUUGAUACAUUUUCUUAAUGCAAAUAUAUUAUUUAAGCUGUAAAAGAUUUUUUGGAAGCAAAUUCCGUUACACUAGGAACGAUUAGACUCGCCAAGUCCUUUUCAAAUGACGACACUUGAACAGUAGGGGAUUUCAGUAAUUAUCCGAUAAAUAUCUCGCACCGUAUAGUGACAGUAUUUCAGCUUAACGGCAUCAAUAUCAUUGAACUAUAUCACAUGAUUAAUUCCACAACUCGUGAGAUCGCUCAUGAUACGCCAACGCUUUACUAAAAUCAUGGGUUUCCCUCAAUUUUUUCCAACGAGAAUGUUGACUGGGGGGUUGGACUGGUUUCACAGAAUUCAAAACAUCUCUUCAAUCAUAGCUGUGCCCUGUGAUCGGAUUUAGAGAGGCGCCCUCAUAUAGUAAGCCUUUGACUGGUUCAGGUUGAGCUGCGCGUCCUUUGUAAUUCAGACUCAUACCUCGCAUGGACACUGAAGUAAGGAUGAAUAGCACUCCAGUUAUAAUUAUAGCCAAAGUAUACACGCAGGCAUAAAGAUGAAGACAGUGUCAGAAAGAUCUGUUAAAUCCGGUUAUUUGUCAUUCCGUUUUAGAUUUUGCAAUGGGAGGGUUUUGGAGUGCUAAAUCCGAUGAAAAGCCAGAGAAAAGUACAGCUCAAGCUACCAAUGCACCAUUUUCUUCGAUAUCAUAUACAAUUGGUCAAUCUAGUGUCUGUAUUCAAUUCCCCUUCAACCCUUGGGAAAUUCUCGGUCUAAACUCAGCUUCGUCUUCGCGCAAUGAUGUUAAACUGGCCUUCACAAAAAUGAUCGCAGGCGCACCGGUCCAAAAUCAAGCAUUAAUUUCCCUUGCCAAUCAUAUUUUAACCUCGACAGCACCAAGAUACCAGGGACAGCAAGGCACUGACCUGUAUAUCAUCAGAAAUCCUGACCAUUUCACUGUGGCAGCGUACGGUGACACAGAAGAGCUCCGCAACAUGAUCAAAAGAAACGCAUCCUUGAUCGAAUCCACAGACGAACACGGUCGCACAUUGCUAUACCUAGCUUGUAAAUCAGGCUUUACUGACAUAGUGAAAAUGCUGCUAAAAAAUGGCGCAGAUAACAAUAAGAUCCAAAAAGAUGGUAGCACACCCCUUCACGCUGCAGCAUACUUUGGUCAUCCUCAAGUUGUUGAGUUAUUGUUUGAAUAUGUCGCGCGAACUGACAUAAAAAACUCAUGGGGUAAAACUGCUUUGGAAGAAAGUGCGACAACAGAAAUAAGGAACAUGAUUGAAAAUCAACACUCAAGCCCUAUCUACAGCCUGGCAGGUAUAAUGAAGGAAAGAAAACUCGUCUUUAAAGUGCGAAAAUGCCGAAACAAAGCAAACAAGCAAGUGUUCGCGAUAGAGUUCAUCCGACAUCUAAAUGCUUACGACGCAGAAACACGUGUAAAAUUACCAGAAUUGAUGCAGUCUUGGAAGCUGACCUGGCACGGCACUCGGUACAAAAAUCUGGAAUCAAUCAUGGAACACGGUCUUCUUCCAGCUGGAAAGAAAGGUAUCAAACCACCCCCUGGUCAUUACGCUUUAGGUAAAGAGUAUCAGGGAGUUCAGAAUUGGGCUGCGGCAAUAUUUGUUUCUCCUAGUAUCUGGUACGCUGCCGACAGUGUUUAUGCAGAGAAAGUGGAAUCACAAGGUGACGAAUGGUGUGUUCUGAUUAAAGCUCUCUGCAAACCAGGCAGUUACAAGCAGUACGAUCCGACCAUUUUCAGGUAUUUUAAAUAUUUAAUUAUAUGAAUUAUAUUACUCAGCUAUUUAUUCAGUCUACGAUUGCCAUUUUGCCCAAUUCAGGUUUAACUAUAAUUCGUUGUUUAUCCUUUUUUAUUUACGAUUAGAUAUUUUCAAGUUCAGGGUUUAUAUAUUUUACUAAAAAUAGCAAAGAACCCAAAAUGGAACCUUAUGGAACUCCAUAUUUUAUCUUCUCAGAAGACAAUAUCUAUACCCAUCAGAUCCAAACACUUGUUGCAGUGCUGGCCCUCAAUUAUUCAGUAGAAAGCAUUUUUGAAAAUGACAUUACACUAUAGCCCGACACCACAGAUCUUUUGGCUGGUGUCAUUAUUGGGUAUAUAUGAUAAAUUCUCACUUGCUAAAUUUUAAUUUUUAAGUUACGCAAAGAUGGAAAAUGAACCGGUAUACCCUGAAUACCGAGUGCCAAUAGAUGCCGACAAACAGGACGAGGAAACAGUGAUUUUACGUGUGGAAUUUGAACGUAAUGUUGUCGUCCAUUCAGUGGUGUUUAUUCGCACGAAAAAGUUACAAGAACCGAGUAUAAGUUACGAUAAAAUGACUAAAUUACUUUGUAAAGCGCCUAAAUCACUUGUGAGAACUUUAUCGCGCCGACACAAAAAUUCGAGCACAAAAUGUCAAUGA